AUGACAAAUUUAUUUAAAGAUAGCUAUACUUUACCAAACUUACCUGCAAUGAAAUUAUCAGAUGAAUUCUUAAACCCUUUAAAUGAUAAACAUAUCCAACAACGUCAUGAAUCCAAGGCAACAGAAUCUUCAAAUGAUUCAAAUUCACCAAAUUCAAACUCACCACAAUCUUAUACCACUUCUGUUUCAUCAAUGGAUUCUCCUCCAAAUAAUCAUAUGAAUUCUCAUAAUACUUCAUUAGAUUCUACUUCUGGUUAUAAUUAUAAUUUAAAUUCAAAUACAAAUUAUACUGGUUCUUCAUUCGGCGGUAACAACAGUGGCAAUGGUUACAAUAGUAUCCCUUCAUUAGGUGCUAUAUUAGAUUUGAAUAACAAUAAUAACUCUAUUUUCGCUCAACAAUCUUAUCCUUCUUUACCUCAACCAAAAGUCCUUUUACCAAAUGCAAAUACAACUGCAACAAAUUCAAUUAAUGAAGCACCAAAAAAAUUAAAAUAUUUAAGAAAAAAUAAAGAUGAUGAUCAUCAAGGUCCAAUCAUGUGUAAAUGGGGGUCAUGUAAAGAAAUUUUUGUUAAUGCAGAAAUGCUUUAUAAUCAUUUAUGUGAUGAUCAUGUUGGUCGUAAAUCAAAUAGAAAUUUAAAUUUAAAUUGUGAUUGGGAUGGUUGUAAAGUUCAAACUGUUAAAAGAGAUCAUAUUACUUCACACUUAAGAGUUCAUAUUCCAUUAAAACCAUUUGUUUGUACUACAUGUACCAAAAAAUUUAAAAGACCUCAAGAUUUGAAAAAACAUAUCAAGACUCAUGCUGAUAGACAAACAAAACAACAACCACCACCACAACAACAACCACAAGCACCUCAACAACCACCACAACAAAGAUCUCAAGUUCAAGGUGGUUAUAUGACUAAUAAUCAAAAUGGUGUUGUUAAUGGUUCUAAUAGUCUUUAUGGUUCAGGAUUUGAUUUAAAUUUUGAUAAUGUAUUAAAUGAUUAUGAAUCAUUUGAUCAAUCAAGAAAAAGAAAACCAGAAAUGGUUUCACAAUUUUUUGAAGAUGUUAAAAAAUCCAAGAUUCAACCACGUUAUAAUAAUGAAAUGAUUUCAAAAUUAAAUUCAUUAGAAUUUAAUUUAAAUAAUGAAUUAUCAUUACCUCCAUUAUCUUCAAAAUUUUAUAAAUCAAAUCAAGAAUUAUAUGAUACAAAUUCAUUUUUUAAUCAAUUAUCUGCUUCUUUAGAACAAUUCCCAACUAAUACCCAGCAACAAACUCAACAAGUCCCACAACAACAACAACAACAACAACAACAAGCUCAAUUACCUCAAUUAAAUUCAAAUUCAUUAUAUCCUUCAUUAUCAUCAUCAAAUAAUUUCAAUUAUCCACAAAUUGGUAAUAGAUUUGAUUCAUUAAAUGAUAAUCAACGUCGUUAUAACAUUGGUAUAAAUCAAAAAUCAAAUAAUGUUACAAAAUUAACAAACAGAGAUGAUGACGAUGAAUCUGAUGAAUCUGAAUUUUCAACAGAUGGUGAAAUCUCAGAAGAUGAAAUUGAUGAAUUAACUACUGGAUUCCAAAAUAUUAAGAUUAAUGAAAUAUCAAAACAUAAAGAAUUAAUUUCUUUAAUUCAAUUAAAAUUAUCAGAAUUGAUUAAAAAAGCUAAUGAAGAAAACAACAAACAAGAUGAUCUAAAAGAAUCAAAAAAACAAUUAUAUCCAACUUUAACAGCUCAUUAA